AUGAGGAGAGGAGGUGGGGGGGUGGCUGCAGCGUCCCCUCUUACUAACCCCCACAUCCCCACCCCUAAUCAACCACCCUCCUUCAACCUCACCCCCCAUUUCAGCCGCCCCCUGGAACCGCACCCCCUCCCUCCCUUCCUUCCUCCACACCCCUGCCCCACCCACACUUGUCUUUGCCCUGUCCUUCACACGGCAGCCAGCCCUCCCACCCCCUCGUCCCUGCUACCUACCCCCCACACUAGCAGCCGUGGGAGGGGAGAGGCAGGGCAGAGGGUGGUUCUCUUGGGGGUUCUCUACUGGCGGGGUUCUCUGCUAGCGGGGUUCUCUGCUGGUGUGGUUCUCUGCUGGCGGGGUUCUCUGCUGGCGGGGUUCUCUGCUGGCGGGGUUCUCUGCUGGCGGGGUGCUCUGCUGGCGUCUGGUGCUGGUGCUGGCGUCUGGUGCUGGUGCCUGGUGCUGGCGGCUGGCGCUGGUGCUGGUGCCUGGUGCUGGCGGUGGUGCUGGUGCCUGGUGCUGGUGCCUGGUGCUGGCGGCUGGUGCUGGUGCCUGGUGCUGGCGGCUGGCGCGGGUGCUGGUGCCUGCCGUCCCCCACGGGCCAACACACCACCACCUCCCCCUCCUUUUGGAAACGGAGCGGGAUCUGACGGCGGGGAAGGGACGAGGCGGGACGACAGAAUGGUCGCGGGGUGCGGGCUCGGACGGGAUACGGGGGAUCUGCGCGGACGGUUGGUGAGCUGGCUGGCGAUCAGCCGCCACGCCCUUCGCGUUCCCCUCUCUCUUCCCCACAGCGACCGUCGCUGCACACGUGAGUAG